AUGCCGCUCAGGCAACAUCCUAACCGGGGAAGGAUACGGGAGGUGUGGGCUCACAACCUGAGAGAGGAGAUGGCCAAUCUACGGGACCUGGUGGAUAAGUACCCGUACAUCGCAAUGGACACAGAAUUUCCAGGAAUCGUUGCUAGGCCGAUGGGGGCGUUUCGUGGAAAGAGCGAUUAUCACUACCAAUGUCUCCGGACGAAUGUCGAUAUGCUGAAAGUCAUCCAGAUCGGACUGACUUUGUUUAACGAAGACGGCGAACCACCACCUGCGCGACCUGGACCCAGUGAUUUGGAUGUCGGGGCUGCCCGCAAGCAGAACCAACCCAUGCCCUGCUCCUGGCAGUUCAACUUCAAAUUCAGCCUAAACGACGACAUGUACAACGAGAAAUCAAUCGAGUCCCUACAGCAAGCCGGCAUCGACUUUGCGCAGUUGGCGAGGGACGGCAUCGACCCCCACGACUUUGCGGCACUGCUUAUUCCUUCUGGUUUAGUGUGCUUUGACGACGUCAAGUGGAUAUCCUUCCACGGUGGUUACGAUUUUGGUUAUCUCACCAAACUGCUUAUUUGCACGCCUUUGCCGAACGACGAAGUGGACUUUGACCAUAAGAUGAAACUCUACUUCCCGAGCACAUACGACGUCAAACACCUCAUGAAGCACGCCAUACGCCUCCAUGCCUCUGGUAUGCUGACACCGCAUGACCAAGCAAUUGCCGAGAUUCUGCAGAAGUUUGAGCACAAGUCGGGCCUGGAGAAUAUCGCCGAGACACUCAAAGUGAAACGUGUCGGCAACGCUCACCAGGCUGGCUCCGACUCCCUGCUCACGGGCAAGGUGUUUUUCCAGAUCCGCGACAAGAUCUUCAACGGCGAGAUCGCCAACGAUCACAUUGGCAAGGUCUGGGGUCUCUCAGUCCCCGAAUCCCACCUCCUCACGGCCUCCAUGAUGCACCAGUCCGGGGCUGGCGACAACAAGGACAACGGACAGGAUGGCGAUCCCAGCACACCGCAGACCCACCCCGUAGGACUUGCUUCAACGCCUGCCGCCCAGAGUCAUAACACGAAUGGUCUUCCGAAUAUGGGACCCAUGACGCCGGGUGGGGGUGGCGGCGUGUUUGGCAGCUUCGCAUUUACCGGGGGGAAUAGGUAA